GAUUUCAGUUGAAGGAAACACAGCUGUAAUUGUAUUUGUUGGGAAUAUACUACAAGCUGAAAGAGAAGAAAUCUUGGGUGUUUUGUGUUGAGGGAGAACCAAAAUAAAAUGAUGGAAAACGAAUUGAAUCUAUAACUCUAUGGUAGAAUUGCUGGAAAUAUUUCUUUAGAACUGAGAAAAAUAUCAACAUUUGUCUUCUUCACUGCUUAAAAAGUUUACAAACUGAUUUUGUAUUUUGAUUGAACUUGGAUUAAGAAGGCUGAAGCGGCUUGAGAUAAUCGCGAAAGAUUUCAGUUCAAGGAAACACAGCUGUGAUUGUAUUUGUUGCGAAUAUAAUACAAGCUCAAAGAGAAGGAAUCUUGGGUGUUUUGUGUUGAGGGAGAACCAAAAUAAAAUGAUGGAAAACGAAUUGAAUGAGAAAAAGGUUACAAGUGAAACAGUGACUAAAAAGAGUAAUUAUUCUGGUGGCUUAAAGAAUGAGAAAGGAAAAACAUCAUAUCACUGUGAUAUCUGUGGUAAACCAUUCUCGCAAAAAAGCAGCUUGACCACUCACCAGCGUAUCCAUACAGGCGAAAAACCUUUUCAUUGUGACGUCUGCGGUAAAUCCUUUUCGCAAAAUGUCCAUUUGUCUAAACAUAAAUGUUCCCGGAAAGAGGGAAAGGUAUUCAUGUGUAGCAUCUGCGAUAAAUCAUUCUCUAGAAAGAGCUCUUUGACACGACACAUCCGUACUCAUACAGGCGAGAAACCCUACCUCUGUGACAUUUGUUUUAGAUCUUUCUCUGAGAAUCACACCUUGACCAUUCACAAACGUACUCAUACCGGAGAGAAACCGUAUCACUGUGACAUCUGUGAUAAAUCGUUCUCCGAAACCGGCCAUUUGUCUCGGCAUAAACGAAUUCAUACCGGAUACAAGCCACAUAACUGCGACAUCUGUGAUAAAUCAUUCUCUGAAAACGGGGACUUAAUUCGACAUAAACGUAUCCAUACAGGGGAGAAACCGUAUACGUGCGACAUUUGUAGUAAAGCCUUCUCUCUCGGACAUGCCUUGACUGCUCACAAACGAGUUCAUGCAGAGAAACCAUUUCACUGCGAUAUCUGUGGUAAAUCAUUCGCUCAAAAACCAGACUUUGCUAAACAUGUUGUCAAUCAUACUGGAUAGUAAACUGUAUUAAACCUUUUGCAUUUAUAACUAGCCAUAUCUGGCCAAAAUAUUCUAACUGUCUUAUGUUCGAACUGGCCACAUCUGGCCUCUCCCACCUAUCAUACAAUGUCAUACAAUGCUUCCCAACCACAUGAUUCUGGGUUCAGUCUCAC